AUGGAUGUCACCGAAGAGAAGAUGGCGCAUGCUUCCACACCCGAAGAGGGCAAAGAAGUAAGGAAACACGUGGAGCAGCGUGCCAUUCCGCCGAAGAUGCGCAAGCUUCACGAUUCAGCCGUCACCUUUCAGGAGUACCAGCAUUACGCGAGCCUCACACGCGCCGAUCAAGACCAGAUGCCGAAGUCGACAGCUGGGAAGAAUCUACUUUUCUAUUUGAUUCCUAAUUUGCAAAAUGUAGGGAUAGAGAAAUACGAGUUGACCAAGGUCAACACGUCCGAUGACGCACAGCGCAUGAACAUUACUGAUGAAGAAUGGAUCAAUGCCUCUCGGGCAUUACGCACGGCCAGCUCUGGUGCUGUCUUUUAUCUCAUCACAACGGAUAUUUUCGGGCCAUUCGGCUUACCCUACGCUUUUGCAACAACUGGCUGGGGGCCUGGCACGGCUCUCUAUACGGUGUUCGGCGCCAUGGCAGGUUUCUCUGGGUAUUUGUUGUGGGAUUGUUUUAUGGGCGUCGAUUCGUACGAGUUUCCGGUCAAGUCCUUUGGAGAUCUAGGUUACCGUAUAUAUGGAGCAUGGGCGCGAUACAUGUUGAACGGCCUCCAGGCCAUCCAGCUGCUGUGUAAUGUCGGCGCGAUUGUUAUCUCGAACGGACUAGCGUUGUCGGAGGUGUCUGAAUUUAGACUAUGCUAUGCUAUCUGCUGCCUGGUGUGGGCCCUGGCAGGAUUUGUUUUUGGCCAAAUCCGGACAUUGCAGCGAUUCUCCUGGCUCGCAAACCUGGCUGUUUUCAUCAACCUCCUAGUCAUUUUUGUGACGAUGGGAGGAGCAGCCCAUUCGCCCCCGCUCUACUCCGCCGUUGCCAGCUCUGCGGGUGCUACUAUAUACCCAAACCUGGUGGAUCAAGUCAACAAUGGAAACCCUCCUCCUGUGAUGCAUAGUGGGGGCUUGCCAAAUCCAGCGAAGUUUGCUGCUUCAUUGAACGGUGCAAUGCAAGCCGUGUAUUCAUACGGUGGGUCGAUGAUCUUUCCCGAAUUUCUGGCUGAGGUCAGGCGCCCACGCGAUUUCUUGAAAGGUAUGUGGGGUGCACAGCUCUUCAUCUACCUCGUAUACAUGAUGUACGGCCUCUACAUGUAUGGCUUUCAGGGUCAGUAUAUUCAGAAUCCGUCGUACUUGGGAAUCUCCGCGCAUCAGGUACAGACAGCUGGGAAUUCUCUGGCCAUUGUGUCGGCUUUGAUUGCCGCCAUUCUGUAUGGUAAUAUUGGCAUCAAAGUGUUUUACAAUAACAUCUUGGUUGAAUUCUUCCAUGCGCCUCCGAUUUUCCUUAAGAAGGGCAAGCUGUUAUGGUUGUUCGUUGUUCCAAUCUACUGGUCCAUUGCAUUUAUCAUCGCUGCCGCUAUUCCCGAUUUCUCAGGUUUUACGGGCAUCGUAGCGGCUACGUGCAUCCUCAAUUUCACUUACACUUUUCCACCGUUGCUGCACAUCGGUUACCAAACUCUCCGCAAUGCUGGGCGUGGAGAAGCAGGUUUUGACCCGGUGACCGGCGAAGUACUUGCAAAUGAUCAAGGACUGAAGCGAUUGAUCCGUGGAUUCUUUGGCGACCGUUGGUGGUUGAAUGUCUUCAAUCUUCUCUACAUGCUUGGUGCUUUGGCGUUGUGUGGCCUGGGCACCUGGGCCUCUGCUGAAAAUCUUAUUGAGGCCUUCGCAACGCCCCAAAUUAAUGCAUUCAGUUGCAGGUCGCCGCUCCAAUGA